AUGUGUGCUGCAGCUCUGGAGGAGUACUGUGGGUCCAUCUUCUGGAAUGCUUCAUAUCUGGAUAGAGAGGACCCAGACCUCCCACUAUGUGUGGAGCAGACAGUGCUGGUCUGGAUCCCUCUGGGGUUCUUGUGGCUCUGUGCCCCGUGGCACCUGGUGGCUCUCUGCCGGAGGACACACAUGAACACAAAACACCUGUCCAAGCUCUACUUCAUCAAACAGACCGAGAAUAUGAAGUCCAAAGACAAGAGAUUGAAAAUCAUGAAUGAAAUACUCAACAGGAUCAAGAUUCUGAAGCUGUAUGCAUGGGAGCCAUCUUUCCAGGCGCAAGUGGAAGGUAUUAGGGGGCAAGAACUGAAGGUCAUGAGGAAGUUUGCCUACCUAACGUCCGUCUCCACCUUCAUUUUAAAGUGUGCCACGGCUCUGGAUAUUUUCACAGUGGACGAAGCCAUCCCACAAUCCUUCCACUCUUCUCUGUGUCUGCUGGGUGUGCAGGGGACACUGUUUGUCAUCUGUCUGGCCACCCCUUACUUCACCAUUAUCAUCAUUCCUCUGGCCCUGGUCUACUACUUUGUACAGCGCUUCUAUGUAGCAACUUCAAGGCAGCUGCGUCGGUUGGACUCAGUGUCUCACUCUCCUAUAUACUCACACUUUGGUGAGACGGUGUCGGGUUUGUCGGUGAUAAGAGCCUAUGACCAUCAAGAAAGAUUUCACACAAUGAACUUGUCAGAAAUAACUAUUGAUGAAAACCUCAAGUGUGUCUACCCGUGGAUAGUGUCAAACAGGUCAGAUAUUGAACAGCAAAUGCACCUUGAAACACAAAUCAUUAAAAAAUCCAGGCACAUCAUAUUGGAGUCCAAUAUUGUAGCUGUGGAGAGAGUGAGUGAAUACACAGAGAUUGAGAAUGAGGCCAAGUGGGUAACUGACACUCGUCCAACAGAGCAGUGGCCUGAGGCAGGAAGACUACAGUUUGAAAACUACAAGGUCCGUUACAGACCUGGUUUAGACCUGGUGCUGCAUGGAAUCUCAUGUGACAUUCACAGCACUGAGAAGGUUUGUAUGUUGGGCCGUACAGGAGCUGGCAAAUCAAGCCUAACGAACUGCCUGUUCAGAAUCAUUGAAGCUGCUGAAGGUCGUAUCCUCAUUGACGACAUAGAUAUUUCCACCCUCGGCCUGCAUGACCUCAGAAACAGUCUCACCAUCAUACCACAGGAUCCGGUGUUGUUCUCCGGGACCUUGAGAAUGAACCUGGAUCCAUUUGACAGAGCCAGUGAUGAGGAGAUCUGGAGAGUGCUGGAGCUCUUCCAUCUGAAGGACUAUGUAGCAGGGCUGCAGGAAGGUUUACAACAUGAGGUGGCAGAGGGGGGAGAGAACCUCAGUAUUGGGCAGAGGCAGCUGCUCUGUCGUCUGGUCCUGGAUGAAGCCACAGCAGCUGUUGACCUGGAGACAGACAACCUGAUUCAGAACACCAUCCGCAAAGAGUUUCACUGCACUGUCCUCACCAUCGCCCACCGCUUGCAUAGCAUCAUGGAUAGCUCCAGGGUAAUGGUGCUUGAUGCUGAAAUUGUGGAAUUUGAUUCUCCGAGCAACCUGCUUGAAAAACAAGGCCAUUGCUAUGCCAUGGCAAAGGAUGCUGGGAUAACACGAGCAGAAAUCACAGCUCUCUAAUUCUGGACUUUUGUUUUUUUGUUUUUAUAGGAUAAUUUCUAUUUCAUGAAUUGCUUUUGUUGUUUGAUUUUGAAAACUG